GAAGAAAAUAAUGAAAGGUCUAAUGAGUCGGUUGGGAAUUAUAAAGAUCCUAGUGAAUUGGUUAGAAAUUGUGAAGAUUCAAACGAAUUGGUUAGAAAUUGUGAAGAUUCAAAUGAAUCAGUUAGAAAUUGUGAAAAUUCAAACGAAUCAGGUAAAAACUGUGAAGAUUCAAAUGAAUCAGGUAGAAACUGUGAAGAUUCAAACGAAUCGAGUAGAAACUGUGAAGAGUCAAAUGAAUUUGUUGGAAUUUGUGAUGAUAGUGAAGGGUCUGGUCAAUUUUUUUGCAAAAAUGAUCUUAUUUUAGAUUUUGGUGAUGAAAAUUUUGAUGAGUAUUAUAAUAAUUCAGAAUUAGAAAAUUUUUCUAAUUCCUGGCUUUAA